AUGGAAUACUUGCAAGAGGCUGUUCUGCUAGGCGUCGAUCUCUUAGUGCUGGUGCUGUGUAGCAAUCAGUACUAUAAACUCAGGAAAAAUUGUCGUGCAUUGAAGGAUGCGCCUCAACUACCAAUCGAUGACCAGCUGUCCGAUCGGUUACGCAAAGAACCGGACCAGAAGCUCAAAUAUGCUGUUAUUCGGGGCAGCGUCACACCCAUCGGCACUGCACUUCGGAGUGCAAUGUCCCCUUCGGUCACCGGGGUGCUUCAGACGAUGACCUUGACCGAACAUCGAGUUGCACGCGCAAUGCUUGGCUUUUGGCAGGAGGAAAAACAAAUCAUUCAUGUAUCGGCGAACGAAACUCCUUUCAAGCUUGUCAAUGGCAAACAAGGAGUGGAAAUCGUUAAUGGCCUUUCCGCCGAACUGCUAGAUAUGGAUACGGUGUACGAAAAUUAUGAACCUUCCUCGUUGACCGUGUUUGAUCAUCUGUUCGGUUUGUUUUCGGGCGUACGACAAAAGGGCUUGCAAACAACGGAAGAGAUGUUGCGCGACGGCAGCUUCAUCACGGCCGUCGGUGAGCUGGAGCUCGAUGAUAGCGGUGUCCGUCUGCAUCCACCGUCGAACGGGUCGCCAAUGUUUCUCACCACAGCCACUAAAAGCACACUCCUCAAGCGCCUGGAGGAGGCUAAGUCCUCCACCUUGCUAAAAAUGAUUGUGUGCGGCACUAUAUCGGCGGUACUGAUCGGGCUAAUUACGCGAAAGAUUUACAAGCGCAAAAAGCAGCAAUGGGAGGAAGAUAAGCUACGCAAACAGUUGGAACAGUCGCGUGCUACCCGCCGGGCGCGUAUGCGAUCGACUGUAAUAAGCGAGGAUCAGCUGUGUGUUGUUUGCAUCGUGAAUCCGAAGGAAGUGAUCUGUCUGCCGUGUGGCCACGUCUGCUUGUGUGAAAAUUGUGCACAGAAAAUUAGCUUACACUGUCCAGUGUGCCGAACGGUCAUUGAAACCAAAGCAGCCGCUUUUAUUUCGUAAAUGUACGUUUU